AGGCGGGUUUAUGAAAGCGGAAACCAGCCUGGGCAGUAGAGGAUGCAUGUUGUCCUUGCCUGCUUUAUUUAGGCUAACUUGGAUUAAAACCGGUCCCUGUACUUGGUGGUGGUCAUCUUUUUUUCCUUUUUAAAGGGUUGACUUUAAAAGAGUCUGUUAUGCCUCUUUUUAAAUACUCACCCAAAAUCUGGGAUGCCCUGAAACUGAAGCAGGGCAUCUAUGCUCGCCUUCCCAAACAUUACCUCAAGUCCCUCGAGCAGAAAGAACCCACCCCUGUCCAUUGGAAGCCGUUGGGAGUCCAGUACCGAGCUAACCCAAACACAGGGCAGAAGGAACGGGUGCAGGAUGUCCCGAUCCCCAUCUUCUACCCCCCGCCCUCCCAAGACGGCCUGUGGGGAGGAGAGGGCUUGAUAUCGGGUUUCAGAUACGCCAACGGUGACAAACUGUCGACUCGUCUGAGAAAGACCUGGAAACCCCAGCUGUUCAAGAGGGAGCUGUACAGCGAGAUCCUCGACCACAAGUUUACCAUCACCGUCACAGCACGCACUCUGGACCUCAUCGACGCUGCCUACGGAUUUGACUUUUACAUUCUUAGAGUACCAAAAGAAGACCUUAACUCCAAGCUGGGGAUGGACCUGAAGAGGGCGAUGCUGCUACGCCUAGCACGCAAAGACACAGAGCUUUACCCCAAUGACUCAGUGAGAGAGAAGGUUUACAACAAAUACAAGCAGUUUGAGAUCCCAGAGGAGGAGGCGGAGUGGUUUGGUCUGAGUCUGGAGGAAGCCGUGGAGAAACAGAGGCAGCUUGAGUACAAGGAGCCCGAGCCACUCUUUAAGGCCUGUGUGGACGAGUUGGUGCAGGAGCUGCAAAUCCAAAAAUUCUCGGAACCUCACCUCAUAGAGAAGGAGUGAAGACCUGAACUGUUUUUGCAGCAGCAGAAGAAGAAGAAGAUUUUUCAGACUGAGCAAUGGAGUAAGUUUAACUGUCAGGCUUCUCCAGGAGGUGGUGGGCGUCACAUUUUCAGUUUGGUUCGCUCACCUGGGAGAAUUUUCUACAGUUUCAAACUUAAUUUCCAUCUGGGAGCAACGCAAGCGUGGAAGUGACACAAAUGAAGAGGUCCUGCUGGAGUUAUACUUAUUUAUUUCCCUCUAAGAUACACACAUGACAGAUAUUGUAGAAAUCAAAGGAGGCGUGUCCAUCAGUGUAAAUACUCCCUGACCAGCUGUGAGAUCAGGCCCCUCUGUACAGGAUAUCUAAUCAAAUAAAUGUGUCUCUUUUUUUCUUAAA